AUGCACUCUUCCGCUCUUCUUACCUCCGCAUUUGCAGUUGGCGCUCUUGCCUUGCCUCAGGGCCAGCUAGAGAAGCGUCAGCAAGUCACAGUGUACGACACGGUCACGGUCACGGUCACGGUCUUCGUGAACCCCACUACAUCCAUACUAGAUGUUCCUCCUGCCAGUAGUCCGCCUGUAGUUGGUCCCAUCGCGGUCUCAUCCACUCCCGUCAUUGUUGCACCUAGUCCGUCUGUUGGCGUUCUUAUCCGGCCUUCGUCUUCAUCUGUCAACGCCCCGGAAGUACCUUCCAGCGUAGCACCAACAUCAGCCCCUUCUGGCGCUCCACUUGACCCUGAACACACUUCUGGAGUAGGACAGGCCACUCUUUCUGCUGGAUUGGCCUACCAGAAUGCUAUUCUCUACCACCAUAACGCUGCUCGUGCAAACCACGGCGCUGCUCCGUUGGUCUGGGACAAUGCUGUUGCUUGGACUGCUGCCCAAGCCGCCAACCUUUGCCGAUUCGAACACUACAUUCCUGCGGGAGCAGGUCAAGGACAGAACCUGUUCACUGUCUCUGGCAACUUCUUCAAUGUCACGGCCGGUAUCACCGAGAGCUGGUACAAGGGCGAGUUCCAACCCAUGAUGCCUUACUUCGGUGCAGCGAACAUUCCCGAUGAUGUUUUCCACAAUGUCGGCCACCUUACGCAGGUCCUCUGGAAGGGCACCACCCGAGUCGGCUGCAUUUCCAUCGAUUGUGGCAACAGGAUGAUUGUCGGCGGCGCAACUUCUUCAUUGAACAAGUACACUGUCUGCAACUACGCACCUGCUGGCAACGUUGCCGGUCAGUACGCGAUCAAUGUUGGUAGGCCAAGUAGCACUUCCAACCUUGGCAGCUGGAGCAAUUAG